UUAUUGGUAGUGAUUAGUUAUAGUUGUAAAGGAAGUGUGACUUGUUUUGUGUUUUUAGAAGUGAGUUUUACAUUGGAGUAGGCCGAAUAUAUGUUGUGUGAGACCAUUGUUCUAGAUAAGUUACUGGUCAGGUGAGGCCUAGGUUUUGCUUGUUGUUGUGGGAGUGGUUAUAUUGUUAGCUUUGUUUGUUGUAUAUUACUGUAUUGUUAAUAUGGAAUUUGUGGAGAAGUUUGUGGAGAAGCAUGCCUCUGCUAAGUACCAGACAUGUGCAGAUGGAUCUCUGGGAGAUCAGUUUAUGGCAUUGAGGAUGCAGUGCCAGGAGUAUAAUGGUAACAUUGAUUGUAAAAAGAAUAGCAAGAAGUGGAAGAAAGAAAAGUUAGGUAAUGAAAUCUUAUUGCUUAUGAAAAUUAAGGAGAUAGCGGAAGAGAAGGAGACCAAGUGGCAGAAUGAGAGGAGGCAGAUGAAAGAGAGUUUAGAUAAGAUUGCAGAGUCUGUUCUUGAAAUAUCUGCAGAGUCCAGUAAUGAAUUGGGAAAUUUAAAGGCAGAAAUAGAUGAAUUAACCGAAAGAAACAAAGGGCUGGUGGAGUUGGCAGAGAGGUAUGAGCUUAAGGUUGGCUCUAACAGGUCCCAUUUAUUGUCUUUAGAGAAUAAGAUUAGUCAGAUGGAGGUGAUGAUAGCUGAUUUAGAAGGGCAGCUGUCUAAAGCAAGAUCCCAGCUAAUCAGCCAAGAGCAGCACAUCCGCUCCCUUACAUUGCAUAAAUGUGGAGUAACAAAUAUCUGCACAAUUUCCUCUAUGGGUGGGGGCGAGGUAACAGGCAUGGUAGCUGAUAGUCCUCCAGCAUUGACCAUCCAGGACAGACUCCAUUUGUGUAAAGUUAUUGGAGACUGUAAUACUAGCGAAUCACCCAUAACUUUAUCCAAUAGGUUUGAAGCUGUAGUGAAGCAGUAUCACCUGGAUAACAAAGAUGCCUGGUCUCUGCUCCGAGCUUGGCUUCCAGGGCCACUGGCAGCGCAGUUAACAUCUGCCCACAUAGAUGAUGACUGUAGAGGUGCAGAAUUCAGGAGGAAGGAGCUGCAGCGUGUUUUAGGUGGGCGAGACAUUAGGGGUGAAGAUGCCCUAAGAAAGUUGCGGUUCAGGCGAUGUGAUGAUCCGGUCAUGUUUUGUAAUGAUUAUCUCUCCCUAUAUAAGUCUGUUUAUAACUGCCCAGAAAUGUCUCAGGAUGAUACCAAUUUCCUCUAUUCCAUGGCAAAUAGAUGUAAUGUAGAUUACACCACGAGAUUGGCGCUGAGAAAUACCAGCUCCCAUGAGAAAUUUAUCAAUAUUUUGAGGGACUGGUGUGAAGGGUCUGGAGACAGGAAUGAGACACCUGAAAACAUAUCUGUUGUUUAUAGACCUAGGAGGAAAUGGUGGGUUAGAUAUUGUUACAAAUGUGGGAGACCAGGACAUAUUAAAAGAUAUUGUGAGACAUCUAAUGUGUAUCCUGAGCCUAUAGACCAUUCAUCACAGCAAGAGGUUAGCAGCAUUCAGCCAGAGGGGGAGAAUACCACCCAGAAUAAAGAGGUCACACAAAGGUGUGAAGAGAUGGGUGAUAUGGAGACUGACCCUGUUACAUUUGCAUCAAAAUCCCCAACAAAACAGUGCCCUAAUGUAAAUGAAGAGACAAAGAAACAGAAAGACACAUCCCCUUGUGAACAGCAAAAGGCAGGCAGUAAUAUCCCAAUGUACAAUCUAUGGGGUGGAACGUGCCCACAGAAUUGGCCCGGCUUUACCCCCCAGCCUAACCGACCAUCUUCCACUCCGGAAACCCGCCCCCGUCAAGUCAUUCUGCGACUACUGGACUACAACGACAAAGUUGAUAUUCUGAGGGUGUACCGCCGUCUGUCACAACCCCUGGAAAUUCAUGGAAUGCGCCUGUUGAUUUUUGAGGACUUCUCGGUAGAAGUGGCGAAACAAAGGAGGGCCUUCAGCACUGUUUGCACAAAGCUCAUUCAGGCGAAAUAUAGAUUCCAACUGCAGUAUCCAGCCACCCUGAGGGUGUUCCAUCCUGACGGCUCUACUACCACUUUCAAGACUCCAGAGGAAGCAUCUUCAUCAGUAGACCAGCUGCUGUCCUCUUCUUCCAAGUCAUCUUCCCGUCUACCGGCUCGGACACCCACUCGUCGUUCCAGGUCACCGAGGAGGAAUCAUUGUUCCCGCUCAGCACCUAGAGACUCGCAAUUCUCCGCAAGCCAAAGACACUGA